AUGCUCCACAUGCUCCUCCUCCUCGCAACCACCGGUGCCAACCCCCUCGCGCACCUCGCCCUGCGCGCGGACUUCUACACCCCUUCCGACCCCGCCGGCCGUUGCGCGUGGGGUACGCCCUCUCCAACCCCAUCCCCGCCGCGCACGGAUGGGUGCUACCUCGACGCCUACGUCGGUAAGGGCGACGCCGCGCACGCGGCGCGCAUCGCGGCCUUGUACGCGUGCAACGACCACGCGAAGUGCUACGCCGACUGCGGCAGGACCAAGACCGACUGCGACGCCAUGCUCCGCGUCGCACUGUACAACGUGUGCGGCUCCGGCGAGUGGCAGACGUGCGACUUUGAGGCAAUCGCGGCCGAGCAGAUGCGCGAGGACGUGUGGGCCGACGCGAAUCUGCGCCACUGUCCUUAUGCUUGA